AUGCAAGAGCAGGCGACGAGCUCCCUCGCUGCGAGCUCUCUGCCUUCCAGCAGCGAAAGGUCUUCGAGCUCUGCAUUCCAUCUUGAAGUUAAAGAAGGCAUGGAAAGCGACGAGGAGAUCGGAAGAGUGCCGGAAAUCGGCGGCGAAUCGGCAGGAGCGUCGGCUUCCGCCCGGGAAAACGGCUUGUUGGCCGGUCCAGACCAGGUCCAAACGGCUGGUGAGAGUCAGAGAAAGAGAGGAAGAAAUCCAGCAGACAAGGAAAGCAAGCGGCUGAAGAGGUUGUUGAGGAACAGAGUUUCAGCACAGCAAGCAAGGGAGAGGAAGAAGGCAUAUUUGAAUGAUUUGGAAGUGAGAGUCAAAGAAUUGGAGCAGAAGAAUUCUGAGCUUGAUGAGAGGCUUUCCACUUUGCAGAAUGAGAAUCAGAUGCUUAGACAUAUAUUGAAGAACACAACGGCAAGCCGGAGAGGAGCAGAUGGUGGUGCAAAUGCGGAUUGA